AUGGUUUUGGAAGUGCUGAACCCAAGGCAUUAUAACAUCACCAGCAUGGUGUCUGAAGUUAUGCCUAUUGCCAGCAUUGCAAUCCUGCUGCUCACUGGCUUUUUUCUCUUGGUUUGGAAUUAUGAGGACACAUCCUCAAUACCAGGUCCUGGCUAUUUUCUGGGAAUUGGGCCCCUCAUUUCCCACUGCAGGUUCCUUUGGAUGGGGAUCGGCAGUGCCUGCAAUUACUACAAUAAGACGUAUGGAGAAUUCAUGAGAGUCUGGAUAUGUGGAGAGGAAACCCUCAUUAUUAGCAAGUCUUCGAGUAUGUUCCACAUAAUGAAGCAUAGUCACUACACAUCCCGAUUCGGCAGCAAACUUGGGUUGCAGUGCAUUGGCAUGCAUGAGAAAGGCAUCAUAUUUAACAAUAAUCCAGCACUCUGGAAAGCCGUUCGACCUUUCUUUACAAAAGCUUUGUCUGGCCCCGGCCUGGUGCGCAUGGUGACCGUCUGUGCUGAUUCCAUCACCAAGCAUCUGGACAGGCUGGAGGAGGUCCGCAACGAGUUGGGCUACGUGGACGUGUUGACCCUCAUGCGGCGCAUCAUGCUGGACACCUCUAACAAGCUCUUCCUGGGGAUCCCCUUGGACGAAAGGGCCAUCGUGGUUAAAAUCCAGGGUUAUUUUGAUGCAUGGCAAGCUCUCCUUCUCAAACCAGACAUCUUCUUUAAGAUUUCUUGGCUAUGCAGAAAGUAUGAAAAGUCUGUCAAGGAUUUGAAGGAUGCCAUGGAAAUUCUGAUAGAAGAAAAAAGACAGAGGAUUUCAACAGCAGAGAAACUAGAAGACUGUAUGGAUUUUGCCACUGAGUUGAUUUUUGCCGAGAAACGUGGUGACCUGACAAGAGAGAAUGUGAACCAGUGCAUAUUGGAAAUGCUGAUCGCAGCGCCGGACACCAUGUCUGUCUCUGUGUUCUUCAUGCUGUUUCUCAUUGCAAAGCACCCCCAGGUUGAAGAGGCAAUAAUGAAGGAAAUCCAGACUGUUGUUGGUGAAAGAGACAUAAGGAUUGAUGAUAUGCAAAAACUAAAAGUGGUAGAAAACUUUAUUUAUGAGAGCAUGCGGUACCAGCCUGUUGUGGACCUGGUCAUGCGCAAAGCCUUAGAGGAUGAUGUCAUCGAUGGCUACCCAGUGAAAAGGGGGACUAACAUUAUCCUGAAUAUUGGAAGAAUGCAUAGACUCGAGUUUUUCCCCAAGCCCAAUGAAUUUACUCUUGAAAAUUUUGCCAGGAAUGUUCCUUACAGGUACUUUCAGCCAUUUGGCUUUGGGCCCCGGGCCUGUGCGGGAAAAUACAUUGCCAUGGUGAUGAUGAAGGUCACCCUGGUCACGCUUCUGAGAUGCUUCCACGUGCAGACAUUGCAAGGUCGAUGUGUUGAAAAGAUGCAGAAGAAAAAUGACUUAUCCUUGCACCCAGAUGAGACCAGCGACCUGCUGGGAAUGAUUUUCAUCCCAAGAAAUUCAGACAAGUGCCUCGACCAGUAA